AUAAAACAAAAAAAGAUCUCUAUAUCUAAAACUAUAUAGUCUAAUAAUAAAAUAUGUUGAAUAUAGCCACUGAUCGUUAUCCUUGAUUUGCUUUACUCUAAAUGAAGACUUGGCCAAUGGCCUUUGAGUUUGCUAAUAGUAAUCGCGUUUUUGUUGGCAUUGUAAGUAUUAUGCUCCUAAUAAUGAUGAUGAUUGUGCUGAUUCUAUUAUUGGCCACGAUAAUGAUGUUGCUCUCUUCCCUUCAUCGAUGGCAUCUUGUUAUCAUUUUCAUUGGUGUCAUCCUCAUUGGGAUCUUCUUCAGUGACAUUGUCAUGAUUGGAGUUUUAACUGUUGGAGCCUUCAUCGCUGUUGUUAUCUGUUGUGGUGGUCACCAUUGGCAUCAUUUAUUUUGUCCCCUGGCUUGAUUGUUCUUGCUAGAAUCACCGUAUUUUACAGACUUAUCAUUUUUUUUUUUUAGAAUUGGUACCAUUGUCUUUGCGGAUCGUUUUGUUGUUGCGAUUUUCAUCUAGGAAUUGCACUUGACAAAUUUUGCGUUCAAGAGAAUGGAGCGUUUUUGUAGGCCAAACAACGAAAUCAAGGAGAGAUUUUCUCUUGAGUUACCUAGUGAGUGAAUAUCCAUAGCAGCAAGUCCCAAAAAAAAAAAAGAG